AUGGCGAUUUAUUUUGCCCUUUUGUCAUUGUACAGUGAAUGCAAGAAUGUGCAUAUAGAAUUUCAAAGUGACAGUGUAACAGCAGUGAAAUAUGUGAAUGACAUGGGUGGUAUGACUUCACCAGAACUGGACAGAUUGUCAGCUAAAAUUUGGUCAUGGUGUUUGGAAAGGAAUAUUUUCAUUUCUGCUGUUUAUAUAAAAGGGUUUGAAAAUGUAGAAGCUGAUUGGUAUAGUAGAAACUUUUCUGAUUCCACUGAGUGGAGGUUGAAACCCUGGAUUUUCAACAGACUGUGUAGUCAUUUCUUUAUGCCUGACAUAGAUCUCUUUGCAUCCAGAAUCAAUAAACAACUAGAUACAUUUAUAUCUUGGUUUCCAGAACCAGGGGCUGUCUGCAAUGAUGCCUUUUCAUGUUCAUGGCAUGAUUAUGAACCUUACAUUUUUCCUCCUUUCAAUUUAAUAAGUAAGGUUGUUAAUAAAAUAGCUGAAGAUAGUGUUGAAAGAGCUUUAGUUGUUGUUCCUUUCUGGAAAUCUCAGCCAUGGUUUCCAUUAUUGUUACAAUAUGUUGCUUCUCUACCUGUUAGGCUACCGAGACACAAGGACCUACUUACACUGGCACACGACAGGACGUUACACCAAAUUGGAAAAUCGUUGAAUUUGAUUGGAGUGAUGCUAUCAGGGAAUCGUUACAUUCUAGAAAACUUUCAACAGGAGCUGUCGAGAUCGUCCUUCAAGCAUGGAGAGCAGGGACAAGAAAACAAUAUGGUUUGGCUUGGAAACAGUGGUAUUUUUGGUGUGUUAAACAAUGUAAAAAUCCCUUUCACGCCAAUGAAAUGA